AUGCUCAAGACGCUCUUCCUGGCAGCUAUUGCAUCAGGGGCAGCCGUUGGAGAUCUCUCUAAAGACCUUAAGCCGAGUCUUGCACAAGCCGCUGAGAUAUACACGCCUGGAACGCAGGCUUUCGACGAAGCGAAGACGAGAUGGGCUGUCAACAUCAACCCAGCUUUCGACGCCAUUGUCAAAGUCACUUCUGAGAAAGACGUACAAGCUACAGUCGCUUAUGCGAACGCACGCGGUGUACCAUUCCUCGCUUUUAACGGCGGCCACGGUUUCUCCAAAACCCUCAACAACUUCAAAGGCGGGAUCGGUAUCAGCAUGCGCGGCAUGAAGAAUGUCACGAUAAGCAACGAGCGUACCGAAAAGGGCCCAGUAGCAUAUGUUCAAGGCGGCGCAAAGUCUGGCGAAGUCAUCGGCACUGCUUGGGCGGCGGGCACGACAAUAGUUGCUGGUGCUUGUGACUGUACUGGAUUCACCGGAGUGACUCUCGGAGGAGGGCACGGCUGGAUGCAAGGCCAAUACGGCCUCGCCAUCGAUAACGUAGUCUCCUACCGCCUCGUGCUCUCCAACAGCACCGCCAUUACCGUCUCCGCAGACUCAUAUCCGGAUCUCUUCUGGGGCAUGCGCGGCGCCGGCCACAACUUCGGCAUCGUAACCCAAGUAAACUACCAACUCCACGAUCGAAAAACCACGGCAGACGAAGGCUUUUCCACCAAAGUCUACGUCUUCAAACAAGACAAACUUGAAGCUGUGUUCAAUGCCCUGAACACCUGGAUCCGCGCCAAAUCCCGUCCCGUAGAACUCACCCACUUCGGUGUCAUCCUCAACAAUCCCGACGUCGACACCAAGCCCAUCAUCCAACUCCUCGUUUUCUGGCAGGGACCAUCCUUCCCCAAAAAGUACAGCGACCCGCUCGACGCCUUGAAGCCCUUCAGCGUAACAUCGAACUACACCGACCUCGCGGGCGCAAACGCGCUCUCGGGCUCAUCUCUAGAUGGUCCCAACUGCGCAGGAGGCUUCGGACGACAAACAUUCCCCGUCGACCUCGCUGAAUGGUCCCCCGCCAACCUGCGCAAAGUGCUCGAUAUCUUCGCUGAGUUGCCUGGCACGGGACUCGAAACGAGUGCCAUGCUGCUCGAGGCUUAUGCUGUCAAUGGCGUGAGGCUCGUGGAUGCGGCUAGCACCGCGUAUCCACUACGCGACGGAAAUAUUCUUGCUGCGCCGACGUUCACGUAUGAUGCGACUAAUGCGACGCAAGAUGCGCUUGCGUACAGCUAUGGGAAAAAAGUGAGGGAGGCAAUGUUAGCCGGGACGGGGGAGAGGUUAGGGGCGUACGUGAACUAUGCUAUUGGAGAUGAGAGCAAUGAGGCGGUGUAUGGGUAUGAGAAGUGGAGGCUGGAGAGGCUGAGGGGGUUGAAGAAGAAGUAUGAUCCAAAAGGAGCGUUUGGGUUUUUUGAGAAGAUCCUGGUGUAA